CGCGAGCGCGGCAUCGCGAAAUCACUCGGUAUAGAACUUACCAAGAAAGUCAAGGAGAGCCGAGUACUACUUGUUGGCGCCGGCGGCAUUGGAUGUGAGGUGUUGAAGAACUUGUCUGCCAGUGGAAAGAAGGCGGAGAUUGUGGUCAUUGACCUGGAUACCAUCGACCUGAGCAAUCUGAAUCGGCAGUUCCUGUUUCGAAAACAGCACAUUAAGAAGCCGAAGGCAUUUGUCGCGAAGGAAACUGCAAGCCAGUUCAACCCAAAUGCGAACAUUGACGCACACCACGCGUCCAUCUUCGAUUCACAGUAUGAUGUCGAUUUCUACGAAGGAUUUGACAUGGUUUUCAAUGCGCUCGACAAUCUGGCCGCGCGACGACAUGUGAAUCGCAUGUGUCUCGCGGCUGAUGUGCCACUGAUAGAAAGCGGCACGACUGGUUUCAACGGCCAGGUGCAGGCAAUCAAGAAGGGUGUGACGGAAUGCUAUGACUGCAACGAGAAGCCCGUCCAGAAGUCAUUCCCUAUCUGCACCAUCCGAUCUACUCCAUCACAGCCAAUCCAUUGCAUUGUGUGGGCAAAGUCCUACCUGCUACCCGAGCUAUUCGGCACCAGCGAAGACGACUCUUCCGACGUGGCCGUGACAGACGGUGACAAUGCUGAAGAAGUCGCGAAGUUGAAAGAGGAGGCUGAGGCCCUGAAGAAGAUUCGAGGCAUGAUGGGCCAGGAGAACUUCGCGAAGGCCGUGUUCAACAAGGUCUAUCACGACGACAUCGAGCGAUUGCGGUCAAUGAAGGAAAUGUGGCAGAGUCGCAAGGCACCCGAGUCUCUGCAAUUUGAGGUUGUCUGCAUCGAUGCGAAUCCCGAGAAGCAUGGGGAAGAGCUUGCUACGCAAGAUCAGUACGUGUGGACUCUCUUGGACAAUCUCAAGGUCUUCUGCCAUAGCAUCGCCAAGCUCAGCAAGCGUGUUGCGGAUGGAGAAACGGCGAUAGAGUUCGACAAGGACGACAAGGACACACUCGAUUUUGUCGCAUCAGCUGCAAAUCUAAGAGCACACAUUUUCGGCAUCGAUCUUCAGACAGAGUGGGACAUCAAGCAGAUGGCAGGAAAUAUCAUCCCUGCCAUUGCUACCUCAAAUGCGCUCACAGCUUCGCUAUGCGUGUUUGAGGCAUUUAAGAUUCUGCGCACCCAUACCAAGAUGGUCUUCCUGACGUCUAAAAACACCGACCGAAUGAUCACCAGUCAAGCACUGGUAGCACCCCGCAAAGACUGCCCUGUGUGCUCGCCAACAUACGCAAAAGUCAUCAUCAAGCAAGGUAGCAGUCCGACGCUGCAGAAGCUGAUCGAUCUGGUAAAAGCUUGCGGCGGUUUCGAGGACUUCUCCGUGACAUUCGGCGAGAAGAUCAUCUACGAUCCCGAUCUCGACGAUAACCUCAACAAGCCUCUUCGUCACGAGGAUUUGGGCAUCGAUGGAAAGGACAUCACCUUUUUAACCAUAGUCGACGACAGCGACGAGCCGAAGGUUGACCUUGUGCUCAGCGUCAAGACUAAAGAGCUCGAAGGCGAA